AUGAAACCCCUCUGGGUUAUCCUUGUUCUUCUGGCAAAUCUUGGUUUCACUUGCAGUCCUCAUGUGAAUGCUCUCUUUAUUCGUAAAAAUGAACAUGGAGUUGUUCUUCUACUUCUGUAUGUUGAUGACAUGAUCAUUACUAGAGAUGAUGCUGAUGUUAUAUCCACCGAUGAUGGCAUCUAUCUCUCUCAAGCUAAAUAUGCUUCAGAUCUUCUUGCUCGAGCCGGAAUUACAGAUAGACGCACUGAGUCUACUCCUCUUGAGCCUAAUGUUCGAUUUACUCCUAUGGAUGACACUGUUUUGGAUAAUCCUACUCUUUAUCGACAGCUAGUUGGAGGACUCGUCUACUUAACUGUCACCCGACCAGACAUCACCUAUCCAGUUCAUGUACUUAGCCAAUUCUUGUCAGCUCCUCGUACUACUCACUAUGCGGCAGUUCUUCGCAUUCUUCGCUACAUUAAAGGCACUCUAUUUCAUGGCCUUUAUUUUUCUGCCCAUUCCUCUUUGUCCCUUCAGGCAUACUCCGAUGCUGAUUGGGCUGGUGAUCCCACUGAUCGUCGUUCUACUACUGGUUACUGUCUGUUUCUUGGCAAUGCUCUCAUUUCUUGGCGUGCUAAGAAGCAAACGUUCACUACUCGAUCAAGCACAGAAGCUGAGUACCGUGCUCUCGCUGACACCACUGCUGAGGUUAUCUCGAUUCGUUGGCUUCUCGAAGAUUUGGGUGCUCCUCAGUCGUCUCCUACUGAUGUUUUUUAUGACAACCGCAGUGCUAUUUAG